ACCGUUCAUUUUGUCAAAAGCAACUCUCCUCAAUGUCAACAAAAUCCUACGAUUAUUUAAUAAAAUUGCUUCUUAUUGGAGACUCAGGAGUAGGAAAGUCAUGUCUUCUUCUACGGUUUUCCGAAGAUUCCUUUACGCCAUCUUUUAUCACAACGAUUGGAAUUGACUUCAAGAUUCGCACCAUCGAACUCGAUGGUAAGCGCAUUAAACUACAAAUAUGGGAUACGGCAGGCCAGGAACGAUUCCGUACAAUUACGACUGCAUACUAUCGGGGAGCAAUGGGUAUUUUGUUAUUGUAUGAUGUUACAGACAAGAAGUCGUUCGACAACAUUCGAACGUGGUUCAGCAAUGUAGAACAACAUGCCAGUGAAAACGUUUACAAAAUUUUAAUCGGAAACAAGUGUGAUUGCGAAGAUCAAAGACAAGUAUCGUUUGAACAAGGACAAGCUUUGGCUGAUGAACUUGGAGUAAGAUUCUUGGAAGCUAGUGCGAAGACCAAUGUCAAUGUGGAGGAAGCUUUCUUUACUCUUGCUCGUGAAAUAAAAAAGCAGAAGAUUGAUGCCGAGCAUGAAUUCAACAAUCAAGGGAAUAACGUUGAUUUAGGAAAUGACCAUUCUGUAAAGCGUUGCUGUUAAUUCCGCUUUUCUGUACAUGGCACUGUUCUUAUUAUCUUGCGUUUCCCUUUUUGAUACUUCAUUAGCAGCAUCGUCUUUUUAUUGGCUUGGCAUUGUUUCUUGCUCUUAAUGAAUUCAUUAUGAUACUGAUAGGUUGGCUUUGUUCUAUUAAUCCAUUAGGCUUGCCAGUCGGAUUCUUUUUUAUUAUUAUUGUUUUUUCAUUUUUUAUAUGGUGUUUCAGCUUGAUGCUUUCUGAUGGAUGAUAGAUAGUUCGCGUCGUAAAUUCCGUUUCUUUAAUGCUUUUACAUACAUAACAUAAAUCUCAUGUCUAAUAUCAACUUUCUAUUUUUGUCAAACUUCUGGUGGUACCUUCGUUUUUGCGGUAUUUAAAAAUCCUCUUUUGAGUUAAACUGCUCGUAAAAUGUCUCUAAUCCUCUCUCCCCUUUAUAUAUAUAAUGGAGUAUAAAGAAAGAUAUACAACCUGAAGAGCGCAAAAUAGAUAGUGAAUAGCAAUCAUUUCUGCUGGUGUUAUACUAAUACUGCAAGAAACUUUGUUUUGUACUUUAUUUACGCAUUACUGAAAAAGCAAGCAUAUAGAAUACAUAAUCUUCUAUUAGCCUGAAAACAAGCGGCUUGAAUGAGAAUUGUUUAAAAAGUGGUUCUUGUAAAAGGAAGAAUAAUGGAUCUAUAAUUUGCUUUGGUACAGCAAAUAGUCAAUGUGAUCAAAUGGAACUUUUUUUUGUUUAUAACAUUACGGUAAGCAAUCAAGUUUUUCCCACUUCUCUAAUACGAAUCAAAAAAUAAAUUUUAAAACACUUUUACACGAAA